GCAGUAGCAAGAGGCCCCUGGAGUCGCUGGAACUGGGAGCUUUGGAGCAUUAACGAUAACGAUGACCCCCCUGCUUCUGCUUUGUGUGUCCUUGCCCUUCAUCUCGGCAACAGUAUUGUUUGAGCUUACAAACCAUGAUGACGGGGAUGGCACAUUGCGUGUCAGCAUCCCUAUGGAGAUGCCUCUCCGUCCUCUGCUGGGCAGCAAGGUAGUAGUACCAUGUUACUUCCAGGACAACACAGUCAAUGAUACCGUCGCCCCGACCGUCGCCCCGCUCUCCCACCGCAUCAAAUGGACCUACGUCACCAAGGAGAAAGUCACCACGAUCCUGGUGGCGUCAGAGGGAAAAGUUCAAGUGGAGACAGAGUAUUUGGACAGAGUGACGAUGAUCAACUACCCGCUGGUGCCCACUGACGCAACCAUCGAGAUAACAGAGCUGAGGUCCAAAGAUUCUGGCACCUACCGCUGCGAGGUGAUGCACGGCGUUGAGGACAACUAUGACUCUGUGGACAUCCAGGUUCAGGGUGUUGUGUUCCACUACCGAGCCAUCUCCACCCGCUACACCCUGACGUUUGAGAAGGCAAAGGCCGCCUGCAUCCAAAACAGUGCCACCAUUGCAACUCCAGCCCAGCUGCAGGCUGCUUACGAUGACGGAUACCACCAGUGUGAUGCUGGAUGGCUCUCGGAUCAGACUGUCAGGUACCCCAUCCAUGAGCCGAGGGAGCGUUGCUUUGGAGACAAGGAGGACUUCCCCGGCGUGAGAACCUAUGGCGUGAGAGAUGUCAAUGAGACCUACGACGUGUACUGUUUUGCAGAGAAGCUGUCAGGCAGGGUCUUCUACUCCAUGUCUGUAGAGAAGUUUACCUUCUAUGAAGCAGGAGAUCAGUGUGCCAAACUCGGUGCCCGACUCGCCACCACCGGAGAGCUAUACCUGGCCUGGAAGGCUGGCAUGGAUGUGUGUAAUGCUGGCUGGCUGGCGGACAGGAGCGUGCGCUACCCCAUCAACAUCGCCAGGCCUCAGUGUGGAGGGGGGCUUCUAGGAGUAAGAACUGUCUACUUGUUCCCCAAUCAGACCGGAUACCCCUACCCAGACUCUCACUACGAUGCUGUCUGCUUCCAAGCUGGUGAGGAUGACAAUGCCGUUCCCGUGAGAACCACUCCUUUUCCAGAUAUAAUCCACAUUACACCCGCCCCUGGGAUACACCCAAGCUUCACCCCCUCACCUGGGGGAGAGGAGAUCAAGCGUGGAGAAGUCUUGUCCCUACUGCCCGUCCCGCCCAGUAUGACAGACUUAGAUUCUGCCAUGUCUCCCACAGGUGUGGUGUUUCACUACCGACCCAUCACCGGUCGGUACACUCUGAACUUUGUGGAGGCUCAGCAGGCGUGCCAGAGUGUCGGGGCGGUCAUAGCCAGCCCCCAGCAGCUGCAAGGAGCCUUCGAGAAAGGCCUGCACCAAUGUGACGCUGGCUGGCUCCGCGACCAGACUGUCAGGUAUCCCAUUGUGUUACCUAGAGAUAACUGUGCUGGUAAUCUGCCACACCUCCCAGGAGUCAGAACCUACGGUCUGAGACCAGCUGGUGAACAUUACGAUGUUUUUUGUUAUGUGGAACGUCUGCGAGGUGAGGUCUUCUUCACUAGUGACUAUGACAGCUUCUCCUUUGAGGAGGCUGUGCAGCAUUGUCAGAAACUCAACACCACCUUGGCAACCACUGGGCAGCUGUUCGCUGCUUGGAACCAAGGGCUUGAUAAGUGCCGUCCAGGCUGGCUGAUGGACCGUAGCGUCCGCUACCCCAUCACAACUCCCAGGUCACAGUGUGGAGGCGGUCAGGUUGGCGUUCACAUGAUCUAUGCCUACCCCAACCAGACAGGAUUUCCUGAUGAGCAUUCACGUUAUGAUGCUUACUGUUUUAAAGCUGAAAUUCCCAUUGUCGAUGUUGAACAUGAAACCAGUGUGAAUCUGACAAUUGUGACGGUGGAUGUUAUCAACGAAACAACAGUCAAAGUUGAUCACUUUGCUCCUACAGUUGAAACUACUGUGCACGACAAUGGAACUGAAACCAGUGUGAAUAUUACUGAAAUAGAGGAUUUUAUCAACAAGACAACCAUCACAACUCAUCAAGUUGAUAACGCUGUGAGACCCCUUUUACCUCCAGUCCCUGUUGAUGUGUCUGGCUCCGGUUCAGCUGUUGAUGUGUCUGGCUCUGGUUCAGCUGUUGAUGUGUCUGGCUCUGGUUCAGCUGUUGAUGUGUCUGGCUCUGGUUCAGCUGAUCAUUCAGCCAGUGGGGAGAUCUCAGGGGAGUCUGGCACCUCCGGGACUAGUGUUGAUGCCUCCGGUUCAGGACAGAACGUCAUCUUCAGCGGAUGCACUGACGUCUUCUCCGGAGAUCACUCUGCCUCUGGAGGUCUGCAGGAGGCGGAAGGGGGAAGUGCUGUCAUCAUCACAUCCGGAGAACUGGGUAGUGCAUCUGGAUCUGGAUCUGGAUCUGGGGACGACGGACAACACUCUGGCUUCAGUGUAUCGGGAUCAGGUUUUACUAGUGGAAGUGGGGACAUCAGUGGUAGCAGUGGUGACUUAAUCAUCAUGGUAGAUGGGAAGAUGGAGGAGGUGUCAAAAACUUACCCAAAACCCACUGAGCAGGAGUUAGGCCAGGGAGGCAUUGAUACCAGUGGGGCAUUUUUAGAAUCAAGUGCGUCCGGAUCUGGAAGUACGUCCGGGUCAGGCUCGGAUGGAUUUUCUGGCAUCUCAUUUGUCGACCACAGUACCGUUGAUCUGACAGUCCAGCCAUCCGGUGAGCAGGAGGUGUCUGGAUAUCGCCCCUCUGGAUAUGGGUUCCACAGCGGCUUUCCCAGUGGUUUUCCAUCUGGUGUCUCAAGCAGCGGCUCUGCCUCUGGGGACUAUAUCCUGCAUCGUGGUGAUGUCAUUUACCUAACAGGCAAUGACAUGAUAGAAGUGACCGAACUGCCACAGGUACGCCACCCUGAGCAGGGACGGGGGGUGGUAGAGGUAAGCGGGGAAGGAAGUGGGUCAGGGAACCAUCAUGAAUUUAGUGCCACUUCGGACCAAGGCUUGCAUCUCUCAGGACGUGGAGCCCUUCAUGAAAAAACAUUUGGAGAGAGCCUUUCUAUUACCCUACCGCCUGGAAUGACUCACACUGAGAACAUUGCCAGUCCCAGUAAAUCAGGACUUGUGGAUGAGGGUCAGGAAACCCAUGCAGAACCUACAAUUUAUGCAGUGACUCCAGAUGCAGCCUACACCAGCCCAACCACAGCACCGUCGUUGUCAUUAGCAACCCCUGCUGUAAUGAAGCAACCUAAAGUAGUGGAAGCCUCUGCAGACCCCUGUGAUCCAAACCCCUGUGGUUCAGGAUCCUGCUCUGUGCAGGGAGAGCUCGCUGUGUGUCAGUGUCCUACUGGUUUCACUGGUGAAGACUGCUCGACACCUGUGCAAGGUUGUGCAGAGGGUUGGUUGGAGUUCAAGGGAAGCUGUUACCUCCACUUUGCGGAGAGAAACACCUGGCCUGAGGCGGAGCAACGCUGUCAGGAGGUCAACGCCCACCUGGUCAGCAUUGGCUCCCAAGAGGAGCAGCAGUUUGUCAAUUCCAAUGGCCAGGACUACCAGUGGAUUGGACUUAAUGACAAAGAUGUGCAGAAUGAGUUCCGCUGGACAGACGGCAGUCCUCUGACCUUUGAGAACUGGAGGCCCAACCAGCCAGAUAACUACUUCAACUCUCAGGAGGAUUGUGUGGUGAUGAUCUGGCACGAGGGCGGACAGUGGAAUGACGUACCCUGCAACUACCAUCUUCCCUUCACCUGCAAGACUGGACCUGCUACGUGCGGAGCUCCUCCUGAGGUGGAACACGGUCGGCCAAUGGGCAGCGGCAGAGAGCGCUACCCCGUCAACUCCAUAGUCCGCUACCAGUGUGAUGCAGGCUACACACAGCGCCACCUGCCCGUCAUACGCUGUAUGCCAGACGGACAGUGGGAGAAGCCACAAGUGGAAUGUACAGAAGCUGGUGCCAACAGCAACAGGCUACACAAAAGAUCUCUCAGAAGAAGAAGUAAAGGGGUCAGCAGCCAACAGGAACAGAGGAAGCUGCUCUGAGCAGGAAUGAAAAGGACAUACAACAGAGAGUCACAAAGGACCCCCCUCUGUAAAGAAGCAUGGACACCAAUGUAAAUGCCCGACCAAAAAGAUAACUUUCCCUACCAUGUACACACACACACACACACACACACACAGUGUAAUUGACUGAUGUUUUGGAUCUUUGCAUGUCACCUUGCACCUUCUGAAGGCAGUUUUUUUCUAUGUAUUUGUACGGUCUAAUUUAUAGCUGUGAUCUAGUAUUUGACAGCAUUUUUUUCACUGCACAUGAUGACAUUUUCUGCAAUCAGUUGCCAGCACUGCACACAAAGGUAGAUAAAAUGGUCAAAUAGUAGUUUUUAUUUCUUUUAUUGGGUCUCGAAGGACUACAAUUACGUGCUUCCGACUGGUGAAACAAUACUGUUUCUUAUAUUAUAGACAAAAAAAUCUCAAACCUUUUUGGUUCUGACCCCUGAAAAUACAACAAUGCAUGUGUUACCUCUCCUAACCUACAAUAUAAAAAUGGUAAAGUUAGGUUUUGUUUUACUUAAAUAAUCAGAAGAGGCCUCCAAAACAAAAAAUCCAGGAUUGCAUAAAAACCCCAAUCUGAGUAAACGCAAGGGGUAAAAGACAUGCCAAUACCUUGGUGAUAAGCUAUCUUUCAAGACCGCAACCUCAGGCUUGAGAGCUACUGUGCAAAAACAUUACCACAGUAUCAGACAUACUGAAAUGAUUGUGUUGUUCCAAUUGAUGAUGAAUAUAGAAAUCCAAGUUCAAGACGUGAUAAAAGUCACUGCAACAGACCUGGAUUGAAAUAAUCAGCACUCGUGCACUUUUGGUAGUCUUCAGUCACUUCUGUGCUAAUCAUUUGAAUCCAGUGCACCUUAAAGACACAAAAAAACAACAACUCAUCUGUAGACGACACAUUUCAAGCAACGGAAUAACAAGUGAGAUUUACAGUAUGACGCUGAAUGGGCUGAUGGCUUUUCUGCCAGGACCAGGCUGUAAAAGAGCCACACCUAGUUUUGCAUUUUGUGGUUAUGUCUACGACUUCUCGAUCGAUGACUUCUGUCAGCACUGUCUGAUGUAAGAAUAAUGCUUUUAUGUGAUUCAGUGUUUGCUGAAUGAAUGAGUUUCUCACUGUAAAUAUUCUACCAUUCUCUGAACAGCAGGAUCUGUCAACAACUCCCGCCGAGCAGACUCUUUAAUUGUUUGAUUAUUUCAUAAUCAACCCAUUUGUUGAUUUGUUAUUUUUAUUAUCAGGUAAGUUGCAGUUAUGAGCUACUUAUCAAGUGGGCAUGACUUUUGAUAGCCAGCUGAACAUAAAGUAUUAGACAUCUUUAGGAAGGUUUCUGGCUUUGGUAAUGUGACAGGGUCUUUAAACAGAAAUGUCCUUCUUAAAACUUGAAGAAUUUUACACUUUUAGGGAAAAGAAGCUGUAAAAGCAGUGAAAAAUGAUCAUGAAAAAUGAUGAGAAAGAAGAUGGAGACGGUUGAGGUGGCGGUUAUAAAAUGUUGACCAUGACCUUUAAAAGGUCAAGAUUGUUUUUCAACUCUGAAAGCAGAUAUUUGAGUCCGUAUCUGACUUCUCACGGAACA